AUGGGGUUCCCAUUCUACGCCGCUGUCUCUCUCUACAUCUUCACAUGGUAUCAGAGCACCACGUUACUUGGGGCUCCUUUUGUGAUCAACACCCAACCUCCGUCAGCACUCGUCCUGAAGAUCCCAUCCUCCGACGACCCUCGCCGGCUGUUUGUUAGCCCCCGGCGACCUCCGUCAGCCCUCAUCCUGAACAUCCACUCAUGUUUCUUGAACAUCAGUACUCGCCGACCAUUUUCAGACGUCACCGAUACUCGCCGGUGGCUCGCCAGCCCUUUUCCGACUCAGAUCUUGAGUUUUGAUCUAUUUCCGACAUCACUGUUCUCGCUGGGAACUCACCAGCCUUUUGCGCCAUCUUCUGUUGCCCUUUCCGAUCCCGUACAGGUGUUGGGUCGUGUUCCGUUUUCGUCCUUGGGAGAGGCUUAUGCCAUUGUUCAGCAGGAGGAGAGUAGGAGGGGUGCCAUGUUACCUACUCCUACUCCUGAUCGUUCUACCUUGGUUGCCGUUCCACAAAAUGGUAAGUCAUAGUUUGGUACUAGUAGUGGGCCUAUCGAUCAUGAGUCACUCCGGUGUGAUUAUUGCAACACCGGCCAUACCAGGGAUUUUUGUUGGAAGUUACAUGACUGUCCCUCUCGUGGGCGACAUGGUGGUCGUGGUCUCGUGCGUUCUCAGGUCCAGGCCAUGUUUUGGAGUCUAUAGUUGCCACCUUACUUGAUUCUGGGCUCAGUACUGGAUUCAGAUGUUAUUUGAUCAUGGUGGUGGCUUUACUCAAGGGGAGAUGCAAACUCUCAGGCGUCUAAUGGCUCGGAUUGAUUCUCCAUCUAUUAUAGCUUCCACUUUCAUUUUUUAUGCGAAUAUCAAAAUUCUCUGUAGUGACAAUGGCACUGAGUAUAUCAAUCAAACUUUUAGGGCCUUUCUAGAUGAAAAUGACAUUCUUUUUCAGACGACUUGUGUUGACGCUCCACAACAAAAUGGAAUUGUUGAACGCAAAAAUCGUUAUCUUGCUGAAGUUGCUC